UUGCAUGUGCGAUUUGUAUUUAUGCAUUUGCAUGAACACUGAUAGCGCACUCAGAAAGUUCACAUUUAAAUUUUUGCAUUAAUGUCACUUGUCAGUCACUUACUAGUGCUUUCUUCAGUAUUUCGUAAUGGCAGUCAAUUCAUAACCACUAGUGGAUAGCCUUCAACCAAUUUUCUAUGUUGCUUACCUGUGAGUUAUCCUUCUGCACUUGAGAAUCCCUCCCUGAAUUCAUACAUUGUGGUUUCUAGUUUUGUAAGUUUUAUUUCUCAUGGACAUUUUAUUCACUCUAUAUUUAAAUUCUUUUUUACCCCGGAACUACAGAAACACAGUAGAGUAAAAUUGGAAGGUUUCAGGUGGUUUUGAUACUAUCAAGUUCACUGAGUCCUCCAUAAUGUCUGAUACUCAGAGUAUUUAGUCUGACUCCAGCAUGAACAAAGGCCGGUUUGGGCCCCUUGUCGGGGCUAUUGAUGAAGGAACCAGUAGCGCUCGAUUUUUGGUUUUUGCUGCAGAAACAGCAGAGGUCUUAACUUUUCAUCAAGUUUCAAUAAAGAACAUUUGUGAAAAAGAAGGAUGGGUGGAACAAGAUCCAAAAGAAGUUCUGAAGGCUGUCUAUGAAUGUAUCGAGAAAACAGUUGACAACAUGCGCAGGCUUGACAUUGACCCAAGUGAUAUUGUUGCCAUCGGCAUCACAAAUCAAAGAGAAACAACCAUUGUUUGGGACAAUACCACAGGAGAACCUCUGUACAAUGCUAUUGUUUGGUCUGACAUCAGGAAUAUUGACACAGUGGACAAGAUGUUAUCAAAGUUACGCGACAAAAAUGCAGAAUAUUUUAAACCUCUUUGUGGCCUUCCUAUUAGUACUUAUUUUAGCGCGCUCAAGUUACGUUGGUUGAUGGACAACGUUCCUGAAGUAAAACAAGCAAUUGAUAGCAAAAAAUGCUAUUUCGGUACCAUGGACUCUUGGUUAAUAUGGAAUUUAACAGGUGGUGUUUCAAAUGGUCUUCAUGUCACUGAUGUCACCAAUGCAUCUCGCACCAUGUUGAUGAAUAUUAAAACGCUGAAUUGGGAACCUGCCCUUUACAAAUUUUUUGAAAUUCCUGUACACAUUCUCCCAGCAAUACGAAGUUCUUCAGAAAUUUAUGGUUUUAUCACCGAAGGGCCUCUUCAGAAUAUACCCAUUUCUGGUUGUUUGGGCGAUCAACAAUCUGCUUUGGUUGGACAAAUGUGCCUGAAACAAGGGCAAGCCAAAAACACCUAUGGAACGGGAUGUUUUCUCCUUUAUAACACAGGAACUGCAAUGGUCAUUUCGCAGCAUGGUCUGCUGACAACAAUAGGUUAUCGUAUGGGACCUAACGCUCCGAUCUAUUAUGCUCUUGAAGGUUCUGUAGCCGUAGGGGGCGUCUCUAUUCGAUGGCUUCGAGAUAACCUCCAGAUUUUAUCAGACGCCUCUGACUCAGAAAAAGUAGCAAAAAAGGCUUCAAAAACUGGAGAAGUUUAUUUUGUGCCCGCAUUUUCUGGUCUUUAUGCACCGUACUGGAGGAAAGACGCUCGCAGUGUUAUUUGCGGGCUGACUGAAGAAACAACUAAGAAUCACUUAGUAAAAGCUGCUCUAGAAGCUGUUUGUUUCCAAACGACUGACAUAAUAGAGGCCAUGAACAAAGACUGUGGUGGAGCUCCUUUAACAAAGCUGCUGGUGGAUGGUGGAAUGGCAGCGAACAAUUACUUAAUGCAGCUUCAAGCUGAUCUUUCCGGCGUACCCGUCAUUAGGCCGCAAAUGACUGAAACAACAGCCUUAGGAGCUGCUGUUGCAGCGGGAAGUGCGGAAGGCAUUGGAGUUUGGGAUCUGUCAAACAUUCAGCCUGUGCCUAGUGAUACAUUUUAUCCUUCAAUUUCUUUAGAUGAAAGAGAAAUAAGAUAUUCACGCUGGAAAAUGGCCAUCAAGCGGAGUUUAGGCUGGGAUCUGAAAGCGUUGCCUGUGAAGAAUAGCUGUCUGCAAGACAAAAUAAACAGUAUUGUUCCUAUCAGUCUCUUUGCUAUGGCAUCAGUAGGAAUGCUGGUGCUGGCGACUUACAAUCAAUAGGUGUUAAAUUUUAACUGAUGAACUAAUUUAACCAAAUCUCAAACCUUUGUUUUAAUUUAUUAGUGAUGUUAAUUUGUCAUAUUUGAUCUGUUAGUAAAAAGUAUUCAUCUUUUUGCUCAAAAACAAAAAUUAUGCUUUGAAAUUCCUGAUUCAUGUUUUACUACCGGGAAUUGGGGUUUAGGGGUACAUUGAUAAACCCUUUUCUCCUGACAAAUCCCUCUUGCAAUCAUUACUAGAAAUCAAAUAUCUGAUGCUAAAAGUUUUUUUUAGAAAAUAAGCAAAUUUCAAGUAUUAUUUUAACCUUCAAGAUUGGUCUCUUUAAUUUAUCAGAUGUACUUUGUCCGCCAUACUAUUAUUACAUGGUGCAGAAAAUUUGAUGCAUUUUUUAUUACCAGUAAGAGAGCAGUAAAUGGAGUUACAUUAGAAACCCUUAAAAACUUUAAUACAAUCCAAACAUUUUUCAAUCAUUUUUAGUCGAUAGGCAUCAAUAUGUUACAAUAAUGUUGCCAAACAGCGCAGCUAAUUUUUGUGAUAAAAUUAGUCCAGAUCAGAGAUGAAAAUUGAAAUUUCAUAAGGUUCAAAUAAAUUUCACAAAAUUUGAAAUUUAUUAAUUUUCUGUGGAAUCAAUAAUAUUAAACCCUCAGAAGCGUUUCAGACGAUCCUCCCUCUAAUGUGGCAGUGAAUGUUACCUUAAUGAGGUGCUUUGCACAAAAGGGGGGCACAAGGUGGAGUAUAGAGAGAAAUUUAGCCCUAACCUAACCUCCAAACCAAUUGAAAACAUAUGCACUGUGGGAAUAUUUACGUUUUGGGAGACCAUGUGUUUGAUCCUUUUCUGGAUAAUAUUUUUUACCGAAGCAGUCCUCAAGUAUCAAUGCAUCACAAGUAAUUUUAAGAUACAUAAGGAUAUUGAAAAUUGAGCUGUUAUGAGAAGAAUGGGAGGCGAAGGGCGAAAGAUUUCAAAAUCGAAAAUCACUUUUAAAGGCAUUUAUUUGCCUUCUAAAUGCAUACUUUUAAGUUUCAAAAAAUUUCCAUCUCUGGUCUAGCUCACAAACGCUUGGUAACCUGAACAGUGUAGGAAUAUCACUUUUGUCAUAUGUUGUAUCCAAUUGUUAGUGGAAACAAGAUAAGUUUAUUUUCUUGUACUUGUUAGUACCAUUUUUUUAUUUUUUAUUAUCUUUCUUUACUUACUCCCUGAGUGAAGAUAUACUAACCUCAGAAUGUAAACUCAAGGACGCUGAAACUGCUGAUUUUUUAGUAUGAUAUGUAUGUCAGAUUUAUUUUAGACAGAAAUGAUUUGUCAGCCAUUGUGCAUUAUAUUCAAUAUUAAACCAAAAAUUCUUGAAAUUUUUCCAAAAUAUCUUUCAAAAAGUCAAGGCGUUAGGCUUAAAAUCAAUCAGGAAGGCCAGUACAUACUUUUUUCUAUCCUAUUGGAUGCAUUAUUAGUUAAGCGCCCCAACUUUUUACGGCCAGUUUGAAAGUUGUUGGAAAAUUACACCGAGAUUGAAAUUAUGCAUGAGUGCUAACAAAUCUUUGCUGUCUGAACAAUUCACAUGUUAAAUUGCAAUUAUUCACAGAUUUAUUUUCCUAAAAAGAACUGAUAAGAUACAAUGUUCUCAAUGCCUCAGAAAGUAGUACCUGACAGGCCAAGUUGAGUGAUUAGCAGAAUCAGUCUCAAAGAGGUUGGUCGUAUAUCCAAGUUGUUUGAAUAAGCUAACAUACCUACCUUCUCUUCGAAUCACAAAUUAAGAACGGAGCUAGGGUUCUGACUCCGCCCCCAAGCAGUUUUUUUUUUCCCUUUUUUUUCUUCUUGGCGUGGAUUGUGGUGGUGGGUUUAGUCCGACUCUGUAUGAAGAGCACCAGAUUAGUAACUGGAGGUCACUGUAAACCCAAAGAAUUGGACAUUGCCACUGCCCAUCUCCGUAUUAAAAUGUCCAUGUGCAUUAUGCAGCUUAUUGAUGGGCAAAGUGCAAAAACUUAUGUCCUAAUUGCAAUGUUUCAAAAUUUCUGCUUCUGUGUUCUUUUUUCCGAAACAAAAGAAGCCAACUUCAUGGCUUGAAUUUCUCCCAGAACAUUUUGCUGACAGAGAAGAAAAAUCAAGGAAGUUUUAAAAAAAUUACGUCGACUAGUUUUCCACAGAAAAUUUGAAGUGUGACAGAAAGUAUGCAAUGUUGCAAUUGGAGGUACGUAGUUUUGUACUUUGGUCUUGGUCAUGUUUCUUUAUUUUGUUCCUGCAAACAUUUAAAUUUCAAAUUAGUUUACUGUUCUUGACCCUCGCUUGCCAUUUGUUUCUUAAAGUGGAUUUGAAAAUUUAUUGCCAAGUCAGAAAUUAGAGCACGCAUAUCAAAGAAUCUCAUUGAUUACCUAUCUGUUCUCCUAAUAGCAGUGGCUGUUAAAUAAACUUGAAAAGAAAUUUGUAAAUUUCAAUUUAACCCUACAAAAAAUGCAAAAAGAAACGCUUUUUCAGUAUUUUUUCAAGUAAAAAUAAAUGAGAGGUAAGAAAAAUUUAAGUAAUAACGUUUUAAGAAAUGAUUAAAACAUCCACUUCACUAAUUUUUUCAACACUUUAAUUUUCAUAUUGAGAAUGUUAGAAAACGCCUGUAAAAAUCUACAGUAAUUCUCCGAAGAAUAUUUUACGAACAUUUUACCAGACUUUCAUUUUGCUCAAAAUUAGACUGAAAAAGAUUUUUUUUUUUGUUUACGAAAAUUUUAACGUUGGAGGGAUUAUGAAGAUCGCCUCUUAACAGUCACUGCCACUAGAGUUGUAUUGCUAAUGAAUUUACAAUACUAGGGACAAUUCCAAAACUGUGAUUUAUUGCUGGUCAAUACCUCUUGACAUAACAAAUGGUCUCUUUUAAGAAUAUUGGGUCUGAUAGUAAUACAAAAAUGUCCCUCAUUGCUACCAUAAUAGUCAUUAGCCAUGUAGAAUUGAACAAAUAUAUCUAAUAUACUAUGUUAUUUGUGGGAGAUUCUUGUGAGAUCCAUGUUUAAUGUCACUUAAAAAAGGAGUUAGUCGUGCUUUUGCCACUUGUAAGCUCCUAAACUUGGAAUAAUGCAUGUCAUAUUUUAAGUACAUUUCAAAAUUGUUGACGAGGGAAAACUAAACUUUCGAUGAAAAUGGAUUUAGUGGUGUCGUUUUUUAAUGUCCCUUUUUCCUGUUGUUUGCUUGCCAGAAAAAUCUGUUGAAAAUAAAUUUGAUUUUAUAUAUAAAGGCAUCAAAUGGUGUGUAAUAACUAAUAAGUUGUUAUUUCUUUCGUAGUUGGAACAGUUGGGUCUAAUUACAUAGUAAAUAAUAUUUAAGUUUCAAGAAACGAAAGGGGGAAGUCAUGUUUCUCUUCCAAAUAAUAUUUUUCCUUUAAAAAAAGACUGAUAGGAUAAUCUCUUUAAGAGCUAAGACUCCUCCCCUGAAAUCAUCUGAAACACCGAAAACAUACUUAUCACCUACCAUUUUUAUAAUUGACCAAGUGCCCAAAAGAGUCACCAUCUCAAUAUUUCCAUUGAAGUAAAGUUAAAAUUCAAGAUGGCGAAUUUCUAAUGCAAUCUAAAACCAGCAAAUCUUUGUUCCAAAGAUGCUGUGACCAAGAAGUUUCAAGUCAUCAACAUUUGGCAGGUCAGACGAAAAAAUGUAAUGGUGUAGUCCUUUAAUUAAGCCUGCUUGUAAAAGUACAUUUCUUAAGAAGCAGGUAACAGUUGAGGUUCAUUUGUGUUUAAUUAUUUGUUUGUUUUGCUCUUAGAAUAUCAUGUUACAUCUAACAAUGAUAGCAUCCUGUUUAAUGUAAGACUUAUUGCAUUGUGGGGAAAUUUGCUAUUUUUCUGUUGUUCCUUUGUUUUAUUAUUUUUUACUCACACCGAAGUGUAUGUUUGUGUGUGGUUGUUUUACAAAUUAAAAUAAACAUAUGUUUGCACAAUA